AUUCUUCUAAUUCUGGUCGAAAUCAUCAAACUAGUUUUUGCUCAAUAAGACAAUUAACAAGAGAGAUACAGAGAGAGAGAGAGAGAUAAAAGAUGUUCUUCCACAUAGUAUUGGAGCGAAACAUGCAAUUACAUCCACGAUUCUUUGGUCGAAACCUUCGUGAAAACCUCGUAUCUAAACUCAUGAAAGAUGUCGAAGGCACUUGCAGUGGCCGUCAUGGGUUUGUAGUGGCGAUAACAGGAAUAGAGAGCAUAGGAAAAGGUUUGAUCCGAGAUGGGACUGGUUUUGUUACCUUUCCAAUUAAAUACCAAUGCGUCGUUUUCAGACCUUUCAAAGGCGAGAUUUUGGAAGCUGUUGUCACUUUGGUCAAUAAGAUGGGAUUCUUCGCUGAAGCUGGCCCUGUUCAGAUUUUUGUGUCUAAGCAUUUGAUUCCAGAUGAUAUGGAGUUUCAAGCUGGAGAUAUGCCUAAUUAUACUACAUCAGAUGGAUCAGUUAAAAUCCAAAAGGAAUGUGAAGUGAGACUAAAGAUUAUCGGAACAAGAGUUGAUGCCACUGAGAUUUUUUGCGUGGGUACCAUCAAAGACGAUUUUUUGGGAGUCAUUAACGAUCCUGCAGCCGGAUAGAAGUUUCAGGCCGAUUUUCAAUUUUGGUCGUCUUUUUCUUUACGGAGAAUGUUGUCCUGUGAUAAAAUUGUAUCAUAGUCCCAUAAAAAAGUUUUGGAUUCUUUUAUCCGGACAAAUUGAAACCAAGCUUGUGGGGAUUUAACUUAAUGCGAGUUUAGUGACGAUUUAGAUUUGAAACAAUCCUACAUAUCUCAGUAAAACUUGUAUUUUACUUGGAUUUAGACAUUGAUUUUAGUUCACACUGAAGGUAAAUAUUGAAACUGAUGUUUUGUAAGUAUAGUAGAGUCUUCUAUCCAGACA